CCCGGGAGGAAGAGAACCAGCUUUGUGGGACUGAAAAAAAACCCAGAGUUAAACCUGAAGUCACCUCGAUAACCAAAAAAUCCUGCUGCGGGCUACAGGGCCUCGAGAUCUGCGCGCCAUGUUUGUUUGUUUGUUUUAGAAUAAACUUUAUUGUCACGGUACAAAAUACAAGUUAUAGACAGAACAAGACAGACAAUCAGCAAUAUAACAGAAGAUAACAAUAUCAAAAAUAAAAUAAUUAGAAUAGAUAACGGGUCAUACUUCCAGGGUAAUGGAAAAAUAAUUCCUCAAAGUAAAACAUUGUGCGCUAUCAUUAAUUUUUUUGCUGCAGCUGUGAAGGGUCAAACUCAGCGGAGCGCUGUGAUUGGUCCGCCGUUGUCAAACUCCUCCCCCAACUUGUCACCGCAACCCGGCGGAAUCAGACACCAGCAGUCUCUGGUCGCCAGCCACCGCGCGGCGAGUUUCUCGGGCAAACAAUUACAACGAGCCCCGAAAAUGGGUCAGUUCAAGGAGCGUUUCGUGACUCUGCUCCACGAGAAGAACUUCGUCACGGAGCAGCUGGCGACGAUGGAACAAAAGACGGGCGUGAAGCGGGAGUACAUCACCGUGGGUGCUCUGAGCAUUGUCGGGCUGUAUCUCCUGUUUGGAUACGGUGCCUCGCUGCUCUGCAACCUGAUUGGCUUCAUCUACCCUGCAUAUUUCUCCAUCAAGGCCAUCGAGAGCAAUCUGAAGGAGGACGACACACAGUGGCUGACCUACUGGGUCGUGUAUGGCCUUUUCAGCAUCGUUGAGUUUUUCUCUGACAUCUUCCUCUUCUGGUUCCCCUUCUACUAUGCUGGCAAGUGCCUGUUCCUGAUAUGGUGCAUGGCCCCGGUGACGUGGAACGGUUCCGACAUCUUGUACACGCGCGUGAUCCGGCCGUUCUUCCUGAAACACCAGGCCGCGGUGGACAACGUGGUCAGCGAUCUGACCACCACGGCCAAGAACAUCACUGACGCCGUAACAAAGGAGGGUGAGACAACCGUAGUGUACAUCGGUGAACCAGGUCCUCAACCAUGACAAGAACCAGUGAGACAUCUCGGGAGGCGUAUGCGUUUGUGUGUAGUUUAAAGAGUGACUGAGAGACCGUGCGUGCGUGCGUGCGUGCGUGCGUGCGUGCGUGCGUGUGUCCUCUCCCUUCCAUGAAGAAUGAUGACGAUCAGCCCCCCUUUCCUGAGGUGACAUGAAGCUUCACUCUCGUCCACGUCGCUUUACGGCCAUCGGUACUGCUAAGACAAUCGGUGAAACGGUGAAAUUUUUUAGAUCUUGUUGUCUUUUUUUUGGCGUGUUAUUUCUAAUCGAGCCAUUUGAGACAGAGAACUGAUGAUCAUGCCAACACUCUUACAAAAGGAGUUUGCUUUCAAAUAUUUUCCUUUUCUCACAUUCUUAAUCAAACUUUUACAUGUCAUCCGUGUCUGUGUUUCUCUUAAAAGCCUUAUUCUCUCAUGUGCCGAGCAAAAUCUUAAGUCUGCCCGAGUAUCACUCCGUCUCACUCUGUUUGACCGGAUGACUUCUGUCUUUUGAUAUGUCUUAAUUUAUCAUCUCGUCUUGACGAAACAGUAAAACUGGAAUCCUUGUGAACUGAAAAA